UUCACGCAUGGUGGACUCACGUGGUAUACUUUACUGUUUUGUAAAUCAUCCAACCAAUCAACCGACCGUAACAACGACAGCUGAUCAGUUAAUAUUUAUUACAAUGUUAGUACUACCACACCAGUUCUAUACACGAUUUCCAGUAACACGUUGUAAUCGUGGACAAGAUAUUGAAAUUUAAACAGUCAAAAUGAGUGCAUUAAAAGCAGACAGGAAUUGUAACGAAGAAAAAAUCAUCAAAAUACAUCCUGUAGAUGCUAAAGAUGCUUAUUCAAUUACAGUUCUGUUCUGUUUCAAGAUAGAUCAUUUAUCAAAUUCACUAAAAAUUCUUAUUUGUUCCUUCCUUGUUUUUGUAUUUUUUAUUAUCUAUGGUUAUUUGCAGGAAUUGAUUUUUCAGUUAGAAGAAUUUAAACCUUUCGGAUUGUAUCUAACUUUCAUGCAAUUUUUAUUAUAUGCUUUUAUAUCUUUUCUAGAAUGGCGUGUAAAUAAAAGUUGUCAUAGAAGUAUGGUCCCAAUAAAGACAUAUGCAUUGUUAGCAUUGCUAACGGUUGGUUCUAUUGGUUUGUCUAAUACUUCGGUUGGAUAUCUGAAUUAUCCUACUCAAGUUGUUUUCAAAUGUUGCAAGUUAAUCCCAGUAUUAAUUGGUGGUAUCAUUAUUCAAGGAAAAAUAUAUGGUUUCUUAGAUUUUAUAGCUGCAUUCCUUAUGAGCAUAGGAAUAACACUCUUUACAUUAACAGACAUUCAAGUGUAUCCAUCUUUUAAUUUAACAGGAGUUGUUUUAAUUUCACUUGCAUUAGUUGCUGAUGCAAUAAUUGGUAAUGUACAGGAAAAAGUUUUAAAACAAUAUCAUACUUCUAAUAAUGAAAUGGUACUUUAUUCAUAUUCAAUAGGAUGUAUUUAUAUAUUUUUGAUACUGAUUGCAAUUGGACAAUUGGGUCCUGCUACUAAAGUGUGCAUGAAGUAUCCCAUUGAAACAUUCGGAUAUGGAGCUUUAUUUUCUCUUGUCGGAUACUGUGGCAUACAAGUGGUGUUAGAUCUUAUUAAAACUUGUGGUGCUUUUGUUGCCGUGAUCAUAACAACUUGCCGAAAAGCAGUGACAAUUAUUCUGUCAUUUUUAUUAUUUUCAAAACCAUUUAGAUUUCAAUACAUUUGGUCUGGAAUUAUAAUAACAGUAGGAAUUUACUUAAGUUCCUACAGUAAACACAAAUCAUCCAUUUCUUCAUUAUUAGAGAUUAAAAAUAUUAUAAAGAAUAAAUUAUUUUUCAGAAAAUCUUGCACAUUUGAAUCUGUUUGAAAAUUCCAUUUUUUAAAUAAUUUUCAAUGGGAAUAAAUAUUUAAUAAAGGAUAAUAGUCCUGAUUAUCUAAUUGCCAAUUGUUUACUCCUCCAUGUUAUCUAGCUGCAUAUAUUUUCAUUGAUUUUUGUCAGAUACAUUUGAAGAAAAUCUAUAGUUUAGAAUUGUGUGUAAACAUCAAUUAACAUGUUCUAAACUGAAUAAAUGAAGAUAUUUAUAUAUUUUUUUCUUAGUUUAUCAAACAAAUCUGUUUUCAUAUAUACCUUAUAGUAUAUAUAUAUAUAUAGUCCUGUAUUUUCUGGACCAUUGCCAUUCUCAUUUAGAUUGCACAAUUGAGACUACUGUAUAUUUAUUAAAUUAUUCUAUAAUGUGCAAAUUAUCAUUUUAUAUUUUGAUCGUUCUCAUCUUUAUUGUUAAUGUAUUAAGAUCUGAUGAUUGUGUAAUUAUUUUAUUGUGUACUGUAUUUAUAUUUUAUUGUGUAUCACAGUAUUGAAAUUAUUAUUUUGGAUAUAUCAAGUUGCACAAUUUUUCUCUGUAUUUUUUGUA